AUAUAUUGAUAACAGCCCAUUGAGUAACUCUACGUGACAGCCUAACAUUAUGAUAGUGGUGAAUAAAUUACGCGUAUGCGCAGAAUACUUAAGGUGCAUUCCUGUGUUUAGACGCUCCUGGCACCGUUGCUCGCAAUAAUGUUAACGGAUUGAUAAGAGGCACCCGGACGACGUCGCAGACGAAUCACGAACGCUCCAGCUCACUAACCACCGAUGCGAUUGAUUGACUGAACGUUUAGUACGUGCGACGUUUUUAUCGCGGGCCACGGAAUUAUUAUCUCAGCAUUAUUACGCCCGUGUCAUUAUCUAGCUUGCGCGACUCAUCGUAGCUGUGACGCGCACCGUCGACGAGGCGCCCUGGGCACCGAGCAACAAUGGUCAAGGAUUCGACCGCCUAACGACGCACACCGAGCCCGACGUAGAAGUUAAGUACGCAAACGCGCUCCCGUGUACUCAUUCCUGAACAGUGUUCCGCUGUCCGAAACACCGCAGCCAUGACUAUGUUUAAGCCCGGUUCGUCCACCGAGCCCACGUCGGAAAUCGAACUCACUUUGUCUUGCAGAAAUUUAUUGGACUGUGAUGUGUUUUCUAAAUCUGAUCCAAUGUGUGUUGUGUACAUGAAAACUUCAGAAAACUCUAGAUGGAGUGAAAUUUUUCGUACUGAAUGUAUUAAUAAUUCACUAAAUCCUGAUUUUAUGACAAAAGUUCAAAUAUUAUAUCGUUUUGAAGUUCAACAGCUUAUUAAAUUUGAAGUGUAUGAUGUUGAUUCACACUUGAGUGACCUAAGAUCUCAAGAUUUUUUAGGAUUCUGUGAAACUACUCUCGGACAUAUUGUAUCGUCAGUUACAGUGACAUUACCUUUAAAAGGAGCAAAAGCCAAUAAUAAAGGUCAAGUUAUUGUAAAUGCUGAAGAACUUCCUGCUUGUCACGAUGAAGUCACAUUGCAUUUCAGUGGAAAAGAUUUGGAACGAAGUGAUUGGGUAGCAAAAUUUUUUUCCUGGGUUGUAAAAGCAUACCCAUUUUUAGAAUUGUAUAAAGUUGGCGAAGAUGGAAAUUAUCAAUUAGUGUAUAGAAGUGAGGUUGCUCAUUGGUCAAACAAUCCUACAUGGAAACCAAUAACACUUCCUGUCCGUUCAUUAUGUGGUACAGAUUUUGAUAGAGAUAUUAAAAUAGCAUGUUAUCAUUACCAUAGCAAUGGCAAUCAUUCAUUAAUUGGAGAAAGUCAUACUUCAAUGAAUAAAUUGAAAUGUGGAAUUGGACCAGAAAAUGAUUAUAGAUGUGUCAAACCAAGAUCAGAAAAAAUUUGUGGAAGUGUUCGCUUGAAUCAUUUUGAGCUGAGAAAAACAUUUACUUUUCUUGAUUACAUUAUGGGUGGUACACAAAUUAACUGUACAUUUGCCAUAGAUUUCACUGCAUCUAAUGGAGAUCCACAAGAUUACAAUUCAUUGCAUUACCUAAGUAAUGUACCCAAUCAAUAUGAACAAGCAUUAGUUGCUGUAGGGGAUAUUAUUCAAGAUUAUGAUAGUGACAAAAUGUUUCCGGCUUUGGGUUUUGGUGCACGUAUUCCACCACAUGGUAAUGUUUCUCAUGAGUUUUUCUUGAAUUUGCAAGCCAGUGAUCCAUAUUGUGCUGGAAUAGAAGGUGUGCUCAAUGCUUACCACCAUUGCAUAAGAAGUGUUCAGUUAUAUGGUCCUACCAACUUUAGUCCUGUUAUCAACCAUGUUGCUAAAUUUGCCCAAGCUUAUCAAGAUGGCUCACAGUAUUUUAUUUUGCUAAUCAUUACAGAUGGAGUAAUAACCGAUAUGCUCCAUACCAAACAGGCUAUUAUCAAAGCGUCCACGCUGCCCUUGUCCAUAAUCAUCGUGGGCGUGGGAAACGCGGACUUCCAGUCAAUGGAAGAGUUGGACGGCGACUCGGUAACGCUGCAGGUAAACGGAGUGAGCGCGGCCCGCGACAUCGUGCAGUUCGUACCGUUUAAGGACUUUCAGCAGAUCGAGAAUCCGUUGAACGCCAAAUCGUACCUAGCCCGCGAGGUGCUGGCCGAAAUACCGACUCAGUUGGUCGGCUACAUGAAAAGUCGUAACAUUGUCCCCGAACAGCUGACGCCUCGUUGAAACUACUACUUAUUAUAAUACACGGGUAUAACACCAAGCCUAUAUUUCACUGACUUUUACGUAAUACCUGAGAAACAUCGAACACAGCGUUCAUUUUAAUCAAAUUUUAUUCAACUUUUUGCAUUGUAUAAUUACUAUUAUUACAAUUUUUAUCUUAUUACAUAGGUAAUUCUUACGUGCUUUCGUUGCGAACUCUUAAGACUGCUAUAUAAUAUUUACCAUUAUUAUCUUCUCGUUUUGAUAACCAUAUCACAUUGUUAAUGUUCUUCACGCGUUCAUCAUUUUU